CAGCAACAGCAACAGCAACAGCAACAGCAACAGCAACAGCAACAGCAACAGCAACAGCAUCAGCAUCAGCAACAGCAACAGCAACAGCAACAGCAACAGCAACAGCAACAGCAACAGCAACAGCAGCAACAGCAACAGCAACAGCAACAGCAACAGCAACAGCAACAGCAACAGCAACAGCAACAGCAACAGCAACAGCAACAGCAACAGCAACAGCAACAGCAACAGCAACAGCAACAGCAACAGCAACAGCAACAGCAACAGCCAUUAACAAGCAUCCGCUAA